AUGGUAGAGACGGAAUUCAUCAGCACAAUCGCCGGCAUUGCUAGUGCUGGCACUAAGUUGUCCGUGACACUUUAUACCUUCUCUGAAACAAUCUCCACCGAUCAUCGAUACAUCAAAAGUAUAGCUCAGGACGUCUCGCUCGCCUCGUCGCUUCUUUCGCAGCUUGACGAGGACUUAAAGGCAGAUGACCAACCGAGCUUGUAUUCCACUGCCGCUCUAGAGACCGCAAAAGAAGCCGUGAAGGAAUGUGAGGAUGUGUUCAAUGAAAUUCGGGCAGUCUUGGAGGACGCGGCAGAGCUUGCCUUGCAACGACCAACGAAAGGGAGAUUGACUCUCUCGCCUCUAGAAAGAUCAAAAUGGGCUUUCGCUCAGCCCAGGAUGGUCCUUUUGAUGGCCAACCUUCAGAAGUUGAAGAGCACCCUUGUGUUAGUGCAAAAUGCUUUGAACUAUGCCGACAAUAUUGAGUCUGGGAGUGAGACUCAAAUCGAUGAACGCCAGAAGUCACUGCUUGAGAUUUUCGCUCGCGCCAACCAGGAAGCAACCAAAAGGUAUGAGGCUGUGCGCAAAGCCGCCGAACGCUCUGAUGGUGGCAUUCAAUCACUGACCGACGGGAGCACUGCUGCUGCUGCCAAUUUAUCGUCACUCAUCAAGAUUCCCACCCCAGGUGAUCAUGCCUCGGAUAAUACCGCUGAAGCAGAGUCCACAGUCCAGGAAUGUCUUGAUCGUAUUGAGAAUGCGCUAGACAGGAUCGCUCAAAGCAAUCCGACCGCCAUCUCAGACUCGAGCACAGUCGCAGUGAUGAUCGAACUCGAGAAAGAGUUGAAUCGAUCUCAACCCAACCUACAGCAACGUUCCAAACCCAGAGUCACCUUAUCAAUAGUCCAAAAACAGGGACCGAAGGCUAAACUUCAGGAAGCAGCUGCAAUUGCCCGACGCAACAGUGUUGGUAGGUCGACACAAGGGUUGGGCAGAAGUAAUAGUAGGAGGACUCAGGCGAUGAACUCGACAUGGUACUCAACAGCUUGGAACUCUCUUCCAUCCUUCCAAGAUACAAUAUCCUUCCUGCAAGAAGCUCGAAAUGACACCAGUUCCUACUUCGGUGUCGAAGCUGUCACCGAGGAUGUUCAAUCAGUGUACGAACCAUACAAACGCGAAAUCUACAGCAAUGACAACGGCAACUAUGAAUUGCCGAGGUUCAACGCCCCCGUCACACACAACACUUCGCCUGAUUCACCCACCGUCGACUACUUCGGCCAGGCUUCUUCGUCGCAAGGCCAGUCAGAUUUGGUUCCAGAACCGUACGCACCACCUAGAGCGCGCCUAGCUUCUCGAUCUCGGAGUCCACCAUAUGAAGGCAAGGGCAAGCAACGUGCGGGCGGGCCAAAAUUGGAAGCCGAGGUCAAAGCGACAGAAGAUCAAGGACUGCUCGCGGACGGCGAUGAUUCCAAGGCCGGGUCUGACACCGAGAAGAAGUGGAAUCAAGACGAAGACCAGCGACUGAAAACAAUCCUUGACUCAAGCAUCAAUGCUGCAAUUACUGAAGGUGAAAAGGCAGAGCCCCUUACUGACUCCAAGGGUAAAGGUAAAGCGUCUGGAAGCGAUUCAUCCGACAAGGAUUGGACUACCGUCUAG